CGCAUCUGGCGUUGUUAUGCACAGUGCAUGGUCGCAUCACAAGUACCGUUUCACUUGAAAACGGCUUGCCUGCUACGGUUGAGAACUGGAGGAGGACAACGAGGAGUCGAGGACCAUCGGUGAAUCGCAGCCGAGCAUCACAAAGCAACCGAGGAAAAGGAGGGCGAGGCGGGACGAAGGAGAGGAAAGAGCACCAAGAAGGCAACUGCCACAGCGAUGGCGGCGUCCGCGAAAACGAUGGCGGCCUUCAUCUUGGCGGCUAUCAUCGUACUUCUGGGUGUUACGGCAAGAGCAGAGUCUCCGCCCGAGUCCGCCAUCGACUUGUUCACCUACAUGGGCUCCGGAUGUCCAGCCAAUUCCGCCGUGGGGGAGAUCAGCAAGGACGGGCAAGUACUUACCAUGGAGUUCAGCGAGUUCAGCGCAGAGACCGACGCAGGCAACGCGGGCAAACGGAAGAACUGCCAGAUCAGCCUCAAGAUGAGGUAUCCUGCUGGAUGGACCUACUCCCUGGAGACGGUCUCGCUCCGCGGGUACACGAGACUUGACGACAAGGCAAAGGCGGUCCACAGGGUCAGUUAUUACUUCACGGGAGAGGGAGGGCAAGGCAGGUUCACCAAAGAGACGGAGGGCGCGUACGAUGACAACUACGAGCACUCAGGUCCGUUCUCUCCAGUUAUCUCGAGCUUGUGCGGCCAAAACCGAAACCUCAAUGUCAAUAUGGAGAUAGCACCGAAGGGGUGUUUUGGAGGAAGCAGUACGUGGUGUUGGGUGUUGCCUUCAUUGUCGGUGCUUCGCGGCGAAAUGGAGUCGUAUCCGUCGAUGACAGAUCCCUGUGCAGGCAUUGAUGAGGGAUUCCAGUCCCAGGACAUGACUAUGCAAGGAUCUGUCCCGUACUCCUCCCCUUCACCGGCGACGGCGCAGUCCUUCGGUGGCCAGUUGCACGAGGGUGUGCGGGUCGGGCUGAUUCAUGUCCCACCUGCUCCACUGCCCUCUCCAUCGCUGCUUCAUGCAGCAGGUGCACGUCAGCGGUUCGCUGUUCGGCCACCUCUACACACGCUUCACACGGGCCCCACGCACACGGGCCAAGCCUCAUAUUGCACACAGGUUGGAGCUGGGUAUGGCAUGCCUGGUCCACACACGUUCCCAGUUGGCGGUGGGUAUGUCAUUGUCGUGCACAUGUACCCCACCCAGCACACUGUGGAAAGGGGUGGAGCAAUGUGGGAUGAUUGGCAGUGGUCCCCGCAGUGCAGACAGACGUCGCAGGCGCUGCAUGGCGGAAUGUCCACCCCAUCGCCCAUGUCAGUCAGGCGGUCUGUUGUCGAGCCUUCGCCUUCAAUGGUAGAUGUGCAAGGAGAGGAUAUGGAUGAGGGAUGGCCCCGUGCACAAUGCUGCUUCGUCGCCUGCCGGUUUGCAAGGCCGUUCCUCUGCUGCCGACGAAGAUCUGUUCCAGUAGGCUUUGAGAAAGCGUUGUGGGAAGCCAUGGAGUGGCAACUGAAUCGGCCCUCCAUCAAGUGUGACAACACGCUGGCGUCCGAGAACCUGUCGGGUAACGAGGGAGGGCCAUCAACGGAGACCGGUCCACCACAGCCCUCGUCGAGGAAAAGUGGUUCCAACAGUAGAGCAACUGAAAAUUCCGACAGUGCAGCGAAGACGCAGAGGACGAAUACCGGUAAAGCGAGGAUGGACGACACGAUCAGCGGUGGGACAGUAUUGGCCCUAUUGAGGAGGGCGAUGGAGGACGCAACACGGUCGUACAACGGAGGUCUGCACUCUGGCCAAGGCAACAUCGGAGGCCGGCACAGCGAUCGCAGCGAAGAUUGGUGACGUCGCAGAUGCCAUGCAUGGGGGGAACACCAUCCUCGAAAUGCUUCUGGGGGUUCUUGCGAGGCGCAGGGGUGGGGGAACAGCGGUACACAGUGGAGGGCGGACAAAGACCCCUCGUCACGUUAGCACUCGAGGAUAACAGGUCAUAAAAAAAAAGGAGCACAAAUAAAAUAUCAAUCACUCA